UCGCACUUCGAUCUGGUCACGACAUGGGAUGUGGGAUGGAGACGACAAAGCAUUGAGGGGCCGGUGAGAGCUGGGUCGGUCUAGGCAGGGCACGGGGUUGAGUGGGGUAUGAGCACUGAGACAAGCGAAUCGUUGUCGGGUUUUGAUGCACAGUCUUGGCGCCCAGAUCUCAGUCCUUUGGGCGCAUUAGCCGCCAUCCUCUGAUGUCUCGUCGGGCCGUCACCGAACUCGUACAGUCCCGUCUGCACGAGUAUUGUACAUAUGGAUGUAGUGUAAUUUCAACAAGCGCGGUGUGAAUGACUGGAGUUGUCUGUCAAUGGAAUGUGAACUCCAAAAGAAGUUGCUCAAUUUGGCGUCAGGGACUGCUGGUCCUUGCGAUAUGUGGGGUACGGGUUCCUACCUAGACCUGUGGUAUCAAAAGCCUAACCUUAAAGUUACACCCAACCUAUUUCACCUCCACUGCUCCUUGACCGACCACCUGCAGACCAAGAGCAUCGUGCGGCCCAUAACGUUAGGACUCACAGCGAGGGAGCUAAGAUCCAUGUGCCUUUGGGCGCCCAGCGCCGUCAGCACCUUGGAGCCCAAGCUAUUACAGGGGCCCCGAGGAACGGGAAGAAAAGGCGGGGCAGGGGAAGGUCGCAUUAGGAUUCGCAAGGCAACGAAGACCGCACAAAGGCACAACUCGCCAGAAACGAGGCUGCUGUCGGGGCUCGUGACACAGAGAUUGCAGGUUCUGAACAGAUUUCUGUUGAAAGAGAAGACAGCUUCAUCUCGAACCCCUCAACACCAACUCGCGUAGCUCCUCCAUCGCGGGCAAUACUAAGCCACCAUCCUUUCUAUACCACCCACCUGUUGGUGAGAGUUUUUGAAGCUGUCCCAGACAACCCUCGUGUACAAUUUAUGCAUCGGAUACUUACCUAAACCUGUUUCCGCUGUUUCGCUUAGCGGCAG